AUGACCACUGCCACAUCCACAGUCACUACCGAGUCAAAUGGACUCGACCAAACACCCCUAGGAGCGCCGAAUGCCACCAUGUCCAAGGACAGCUUCUUUGAAGAUGUUCAUUUCUUGGGCGACAAAGAGGGACGAGUCGUCAUUCGUUCGCCCCCCUCGUUCUCUGACAAACUAGAAGAUCUUGCCUAUCAGAAACAGCACUUGGCGGCUGCAUUUCGGGUUUUUGCCAAGCAAGGCUUCGACGAGGGGGUCGCAGGCCAUAUUUCGUUGAGAGAUCCUUCUAAUCCACACCAUUUCUGGAUCAACCCUUUAAGCAUGCACUUCUCUAUGAUUCGUGUCUCUGACCUCGUCCUUGUGAAUGACCGCGGUGAAGUCCAGCCAGGUGGCGCCCAGCAUCCUAUCAACGGCCCGGCCUUUGCGAUUCACAGUGAAAUACAUAAAGCUCGUCCUGACCUGAACGCUGCAUGCCAUGCACAUUCUGUCUAUGGAAAGGCGUUCUCGUGUUUUGGUAGACCCAUCGAAAUGAUCUACCAGGACGCACUACGCUUUUACAAUGACCUUGCUGUCUACCCGCGGUACGGCGGAACCGUUGUCUCGGUCGAAGAAGGAGCUCGAAUUGCGAAGGCUCUUGGGCCGAAAUGCCGCAGUGUCAUCCUCCAGAACCAUGGCAUGAUCACUUGUGGCAAAACGGUUGAUGAAGCUGCUUUUCUGUUCAUUGCCCUUGAUCGCUGCUGCAAUGCCCAGAUGAUGGCAAAUUCGGCGUCCGGACCAGGGUGGGAGAAAAUAUAUAUUAACAAGGAGGAGGCCGAAAUGACACACAAGAAGAGCGGUAACUCCAGCAAGAUGUGGCUUGCGUUUCAACCAUACUUUGACCAGGUGGUCAAAGAGGACCCCUCGGUGCUGGAAUAG